UCCAACAUGGACCGCAGCUUGGACGAGAUCAUUGCGGAGCGUCCUCAGAAGCAAAACCGUGGCCGUCGUCCCCCUCAAGGCCAAGGCCAAAGCCGUGCCCCUCAAGGUCGUCGCCAAGAUGGCGUAAGAAAGCCUUACAACAGAGACGACCGUCCGGAUUUGGACCUGGACUGGGUUCAUGAUAAGUACGAAGAUGACAGAGAUGCACGCCCUUCUCGUGCGCCUCGACGUCCGCGCGGUGGUGACCGUUACUCCCCAGAAGCAGAGCAUGGACAUAGCAGCGCGCCUACGGGAGCUAAGCUUCGCGUCGAGAACAUCCAUUACGAUAUCACAGAGACUGAUCUAGAGGAUCUGUUUGCCCGCAUCGGACCCAUCAAGAACGUUUCCCUCGUCUACGACCGCGCCGGACGCUCCGAAGGCGUCGCCUUUGUCACCUACGGCCGUGUCAGUGAUGCCCGCGCAGCUAUUAGCGAAUUCGACGGCGCCAACGCCAAGGGCCAGCCCAUCCGUUUGACACUCAUCUCUACCGGUGCCGCAAGACGAGACCGCAACCCAUUCGACAACGUGGAACGCCCGAAAGGAAGCCUGUUUGAUCGUGUCGAGAGACCCCGGGACCGCAACGCUCGGAGUCUGAGCCCUGAUAGCAGAAGCAUCAGCCCCGAUGGUGGACGUCGUCGUCGCGGCGGCGGUCGUCGCGGCGGUGCCGGGGCCGGUGCCAGCUCUAGCAGCUACCGACGCAGCGACGUGUCCAAGCCCGCCCCCGAACACAUCGACAGAUACGUGCCAGGCCAGCGCUCGCCCACCCGCAGACCCGCCAACGGACGCCGACAGCCCGAGAACAGAGGCGGUGACGGCCGUCGCACGGUCAAUGGCCGCCCCAGAAAGACACAGGAGGAGCUGGACCAGGAGAUGGACGACUACUGGGGUUCUGGAAAUACCGGUGCCGGCGCCGCUGAGAAGGAGUCUGUUCCUGAGCCACAGCAGACUGCCCCUGCGCCUGCCGCGGCCCCGGCUGGCGAUGACGACAUCGACAUGAUUGAGUGAACUACGCAAUUGCGUGUGUGUGUGUGUGUCUCCCUCUCUCUGGAACGACCGGUGAUGCUGGCUGGCUAGCUAGCUGCUGUCUCCCGCGUUCCUUAAUUGUAACUACUAUUGACUUGGCUUGGCUUGGCUUGGCUUGGCUGGCUUGGAUUGGAAAGCAAAAACAGAAAAUCUUUCUUCAAAAUCAGACUGGGAAGGCAUAGCGAUAGCGGUCUCGUCGCAUGAUGCUGAUUUCACUAUAAUCUCC